AUGAAAGUCAUUUGGAAAAAGAAUGUCAAGCAGUUUACCGUGUACAAAGGAGUUUCCUGUUUUAAUCAAGAUCUUUGUGCGGUUAUUAUUGAUGCCAGAGUCGGACUAGGUGCAGCUGUCCGAAUGUCACCCGAACCACAUUUCUUGAAAAAUCUGUAUAUGACUGAAGAUUCCAAAAUGACCGUUUAUACUGGAACCAUUUCUCCAGAUCAUCAAGUGGCUCAGUAUACAAAACCGCAAUACUCCAAUGUAGAUCAGAAAUUUCACGGUGUUUUCACUACAUAUACAUUGGAUCAGAAUAUUGCAAUUGCAUAUUUAUCCAGUGACCGAUUGGAUACAAAUUGGACAAGUAUCACAGACGGAAGAACUGGAAUAUUUGCAUCAAAAAAUUAUGGAGUUGUUUCUAAAGAUCAAAACAUUCAAGAGGCAUUUAGCGGAGCAUCAACGGAUAUUUUUGAAAUGACCCUAAAUACGAAAAGCUCAGGUUUGACGGACCGUGCAACAUUGACAGUAACUGUUACUUCUGGAGGAAAAUCUGUUUUUGAUGAAAAAUACACAUCACAACGAUUCCCGCCUGCAACUAUUACCGCAAAUGGAAAUGGUUUGAUUGUAAAAUACGACACAAAUGGAUCAGAAACAACUGGGAUGUUGAUGGAUUUCAGUUUCAAAUUGGAAAUGAGUGGAGGUUGUGCUGAUACUCAAACUAUCAAUCCGCCAGCCAAUAUUAGUAAUUCAAUCUCCUAUCCGAGCAAUUGGCAAACUUCAAAUGAUGCUCCUCAAUACGCAGCUAAUCAAAACUGUACAUUUACUGUGAAUAUACCCAAAGGAAUGUUUGUAUUCCUCCAAAUGAAAGCAACCACAGAUCCCAGUUCAGUACUCAUCAUGACUGAUUCAGCCGGUUAUCAAAAUAUUCUCUAUCAAGUUGUGGCUAAUGGAAACAGAUUUGUCUCUUCGGGGAAGUAUUUGACUCUUUGGUCGCUGGUUCCUGGAUUUUCUAAUAUAGGAAAUUCUGUCAUCAUUCAGGAUUACUUUGCCGGAUGGGCAACUGCAGUCGACAGCCGUCGGGGAUUCUUCAUGUCUCCAAACUACGCAUUGAACAGUUCUGAUCAAAAUAUCAAUGACACAGUCUCUGGUUUUUCUUCCACUUCCAAUAUCAGUUAUACUGUAGACAGAUCUGCAAUUUCCGGAGCAGCAACCCUGAAUGUUUUGAUAACAUCCAAACAGAAAGUUGUAGUUAACAAUACUUUCUCUACAACAAACUUCCCCGGAGGAACUGAAUGGACAGUUGGAGACACGAUUUCUGUGAUCUACAAUUCGAACGGAGUAUCCACAACAGGAGCAUUCGUUAGUUUUGGAUUUGACCAUUACAAUUCAGGAACUACGAAUGACGAAUUAUGA